GUUUUUUGAUUGUCCGAUUGAGAGCAAAUUGACUUUACAGCCUGGACAAGUGGUUUGACCUGCAAACUCCAGCCAUGACGUCCCCGGCCAAAUUCCGAAAAGACAAGGAGAUCGUGGCCGAAUAUGAAACUCAAGUUAAAGAGAUUCGUGCCCAGCUGGUGGAGCAGCUGAAGUGUUUGGACCAGCAGUGUGAGCUGCGGGUGCAGCUGCUCCAGGACCUCCAAGAUUUCUUCAGGAAGAAGGCGGAGAUUGAGAUGGACUACAGCCGCAACAUGGAAAAGCUGGCCGAGCGUUUUCUCACCAAGACACGCAGUACCAAGGACCAUCUGCUGAAGAAGGAGCAGAGCAUCUUAUCGCCAGUGAACUGCUGGAACCUGUUGCUCCUUCAGGUGAAGAGGGAGAGCCGCGACCACGCCACUCUCUCCGACCUCUACCUCAACAACGUCAUUCCUCGCUUUGCGCAGAUCAGCGAGGACUCCGGACGCCUCUUCAAGAAGAGCAAGGAGGUUGGCGUGCAGCUGCAAGAGGACUUGAUGAAGGUUCUGAAUGAGCUUUAUUCGGUGAUGAAGACAUACCACAUGUACAACACCGACAGCAUCAACGCGGAGUCCAAGCUGAAGGAGGCAGAGAAGCAGGAGGAAAAACAGAUGGGACGCUCCAGUCGCCAAGACGACCGCCAGACGCCGCGCUCGCCAGACACCCUUGCUAGCAUCAAGGCUGACGACAAACCCAUUCGUCGUUCCAGUGUCAAAAAAAUAGAAAAGAUGAAGGAGAAGAGACAAGCCAAGUAUACAGAGAACAAGCUGAAGGCCAUCAAGGCCAGGAAUGAGUACCUUCUUGCUCUUGAGGCCACCAACGGCUGCGUCUUCAAGUAUUACAUCCAUGACCUCUCUGACAUCAUUGACUGCUGUGAUCUUGGCUACCAUGCCAGCCUCCACCGUGCCCUGAGGACCUACUUGUCAGCAGAACAGAAUGUAGAGGUGUCCAAGCACACUGGACUGGAGACAUUGGAGGGUGCUGCGGAAAGUCUUGAGCCCAAUGGAGAUAAACAGAAGCUGAUGGAGACCUACAACAACGUCUUCUGCCCCCCAGCUCGCUUUGACUUCCAGUCGCACAUGGGAGACACGAUGGGAUUUAUGUGUGCACAGCAGCCACUGGAAGGUGAGCUUCUCCAGAGGUGUCAGCAGCUUCAGUCCCGACUCUCCACGCUCAAGAUAGAGAAUGAAGAGGUGAAGAAGACCAUGGAGGCCACUCUGUCCACCAUCCAGGACAUGGUGACAGUGGAGGACUAUGACGUGUCCGAGUGCUUCCACCACAGCAACAGCAUGGAGUCUGUCAAGUCGACGUUCAGUGAAUCCUAUCUCAGCAAGCCCAGCCUCGCUAAGCGGCGGGCCAACCAACAGGAGACAGAACAGUUCUACUUUACGAAGCUGAAGGAGUUUCUUGAAGGCAGGAACCUGAUCACCAAGCUAGAGGCUAAGCAUGACCUCAUCCAGAAGACCAUAGGAGAGAGUCAGAAGACCGACUGUUGCCUUGCCAGUGGACGGAGAAACUCUGCAGUAAGGAAACAGGACACAGGUGAAGCCAUACCCCUUAUGAUGGAGAGCUGCAUCCGUUUCAUCAGUCGCCAUGGUAUGCAGCAUGAGGGCAUUUUCAGAGUGUCAGGUUCCCAGGUGGAGGUCAAUGACAUCAAGAAUGCAUUUGAGCGAGGCGAAGACCCACUAGCAGGAGACCAGAAUGACCACGACAUGGACUCCAUUGCCGGUGUCCUCAAGCUCUACUUCAGAGGACUGGACCAUGCCCUUUUCCCAAAGGAAGUGUUCCAUGACCUCAUAUCUUGUGUCUCCAUGGAGAGCCUCCAGGAGCGCGCUGUCCACAUUAUGAAAGUGCUGCAGUCUUUGCCAAACAAAACCCUCAUCAUCAUGAGAUACCUGUUUGCCUUCCUAAACCAUUUGUCCCAGUACAGUGAGGACAACAUGAUGGACCCUUACAAUCUUGCCAUCUGCUUCGGCCCCACUCUGAUGUCUGUACCGGAGGGCCACGACCAGGUCUCUUGCCAGGCCCAUGUGAACGAACUCAUUAAAACGAUCAUCAUCCACCAUGACACCAUUUUCCCGAGACUCCAGGAUUUGCAGGGCCCCAUCUACAUCAUCCCUGGAGCUGGUGAUGACUUCUGUGACAGUCCGCACUGCGAUCCCCCAGUCGUGCAAGAGCCGGCGCCCGACACGGUUUCCGUCAGCCACAACAGCGAAGAUGGCACCUUGGCUGUUUCAGAGUCUGAUCCAGUUGAAGCCAUCGCUCGGUUCGACUAUUCCGGCCGGACCAGUCGUGAGCUGUCAUUCAAGAAGGGUGCUUCGUUGCUUCUGUACCAGCGAGCAUCUGAUGACUGGUGGGAGGGGCGACACAAUGGAGUUGAUGGACUAGUGCCACAUCAGUAUAUUGUGGUCCAAGACAUGAGUGAUGGCGGUCGUGGAAGCCCAAAAUCUGACGUGGACACCAGGGACCAGCUGGAGGAGAGGGUUUCCACUCGAGGCAGUGCUGCGUCUCCCACAGGCACGCAUGUGGCCGACAUCUACCUGGCCAACCUGAACAAGAUGAGGAAGCGACCAGAGUCCGGGAGCAUCAGAAGAACAUUCCGAAGCUCAGAGAGUGAUAGUCCAGGGGCCAGUGGAGGCGGCGUGGGAGGGGUGAGGACUGCAUCUCUUCCUGUAGGAGGCGCUCUGGUGAAGGAGUCCGCAGACAAGCGACCAGUUAGUGCUCACAGCAUUCUCAAUUCCAUCACACGCCACUCCUCGCUCAAGACCAAGGUGGAAAGCCCUCAGCUGCGCAAGUCAACUCCGGCAGGACGCUCCAAGAGCUUCAGCAACCAUAGACCUCUGGAGCCAGAGGUCAUAGCCCAAGUAGAUCACAGCUCACAGGACAUUGAGACAGCAAUGAGCUGCGCGCUGAAUGAGCUGAGGGAGUUGGAACGACAGAGCACCUCCAAGCACACCCCUGAUGUGGUCCUAGACACACUGGAGCAGCUGAAAGGUGUGAGUGGCGGCAGCGGCGGAGGAGGGGCCUCGGAACCUUCCAGCCCGCUCCAUUCCCGCCUGCUGCGGGACAGCGAGGGGGGCUCCUCACACGCCCACCCACUUCAGCGCAGCGCCUCUUCAGCCAGCGACGUGCCCUCCUCCUUCCGAGCUACCAGGAGCCAGCCGAGGAGCCCCCUUCCCUCCACCACGUCGCCUUCCCUGUCCACUUCCUCUCUAUCCUCGUCGGUUCCUUCCUUCAGAGAGCUACGUCCCCCGGCAACGAGGCCAAAGCCAGUGGUGUUCCCCAAGAGUGGCGGAGGGAGUGGCAGUCCGGCCAUGGGCUCCCCGACAUCCAUUGUGCCCCCAACACCUCCUCCUCCGCCACCAGGGCACACGCAUUCGCUUCCUCACGCCCCUCCUCCGCCACCUUCCUCCCAGGCAAAUGACAAAUCGUGCCCGGCUUAGCACCUGCGCUCUCCUAGCCGAGAUCAAAUCUGAUGCUAAUGCUUAAACCAGCAGCUCUUCUAUUGUUGGAAGCACUUAGUUUGUCGUACAUACAGUAUAUAAUCACUAACCUACUACACACUGUAGCAUUCAGACAUCAAAAUCCAUUUUAGAGUGUCACAAGGUUGCACCAAGGGCACCUUUUCAAUGAUCGUAGCAUGGGAAAGAUUUUCACGUCUUUCACAAGGGAACAGGUCAGACGUGCUGACACAUUUUCAUGAGGAAGAACACAACCACUGUUUGAUUUUUUUGUUUUUUUUUUUCCCCCCCCUUGAAUCAUUUUAAGACCCUCUCAUGAUCAGGAUGGGUUGUUUAAUUCCUAAGCAAAGACUGUGAAAAUUUUGAAGCUCUUUUGAAAUGAAUCACUUAUCUUUCUGCUUCACACAUGGAAGACUAGAUGAACCUCUGUAUUUAAAGACGGGGCGAAAUAUCUUUGAGUGAUUGUGAGCUUUAUUUCUCCUUCCAGUCUUUUUUUUUUUUUUUUUAAAUUACUGUUUGAGAUCUUGGUCCUCUAAAAUGUAUCUAAAACAAAUUCUAAAUUUAUGAUUAUUGGUGAACUGAGAGCAUUUGAUCUGGCAAAAAAACAGAUACAACCUCUAAGAACAGUAUAGAAUAAUGAACAUUAGUUUGACUGUUGCAUCUUAUAGUUUCAUAAAUGUAUGAUGUCCACUGAUAGUAAAAAAAGUUCCUCAGCCCUAAAUAAAGCAAUAAGAAAAAUAGAACGCUGGUAGUUUGAGGGAUCAUGCUGUUUUUUUUUUUUUUUCCUGCAGCUCUUCUAUGUGUAGGGGACCACUGAAAGCCAGCAUUUUUUCUUCUCAAUGUUGGACUGUACAUGCACACGUUCUCCACACACGUGCGUGUGCUGUUUUGUGGCAGCUAAACACCAUUCAGGUUGCAUGCUGUGGCUGUUCGACAGCAGCUUACGAUGACUAGAUGGCUGAUGACAUUUUAUGUAUCUGCAAUACCAGUGAGAGGGUUAACUUAAAAUAUAUAUAUAUAUAUAUACAGCUUGCUCGUGUAAUUAUACUAAACACUUUGCAGUACAAAAAAUAAUUAUUCUAAUGCUGUUUAUGAUGUUUAUUAAUCAUUAGGGUAACUGGAAGCAUGGUGCUGAGGGUUGUUGAAGCGUGUUUCGAGCACAACCAAUCACCUCAUCCAAUUUUUAAGCGCCCUUUUAUUCUGACUUUUUCACAGUUUUAUGGUUAAAUGUGUUGCCAUACGGUUGUGCGCUGCUAUGUGAGCGUGCUUGGAUGGAUGGAUGAAUCCAUUUGAAGGGGAUGACAAAGCGAUAAGGCAAAUGUGUCGUCUUUUUAUUCACAGGAUUUUGCAAUAACAAUGCCACGAAACCUUUUGUGAAACGCAGCCGCAAAUCCCUCACAAAGGUGACAUAAGAACAACCCAUUUAUUGUAGUGAGUACAGCAUCUACACUUAAUGUUCAAAUAAAUCUCUGCUUCUACAGGGAAAUUACAUCAGGAUAUAAAUUCAUUAAAGGCCUAAAAUAUUUCGCCCAGUUGUGUAUUAUAUCAGACACUGCAUCACACGGUCAUGUAGUGAAUAAUACUUGUACAUUUUUGAGUUUUUUUUUUUUUUUUUUUACUUAUCGCUAUCAUGAUUGUAUAUUACUGUGUAUUUUUUGUUGCUCUUACCUCAUCACGACAACUGGAGGAACUGUGAGUGCGUGCUUGUGCGCACACAGGAAAAUGUGGAUGUCUGGUGGUUGGUGCGUUUGUCUGAUCUCACAUCAAUCACCUUACACCUGAACAAAGUUGGCUUUGCGGUGAACUAACUGGGUGGGUGAGUUACCAGAUUUGUUCAAUAUGCAUUUGUGUAUCUGGAAACAACUAAAGAAGAAGAAAAAAAGACUGUCAAAUUUAUUUAUAGUUGUCUUUGUAUUACUGGAGAAUCCUGUGUUCAGAUGUACUUUGUAUAUACAAUGUUGUACAUUACAGAGGUACACUUCUUUUUGGUACAAUAUUGUACAGUAAUAUCGAUAGUGGUUUAAUCAAAUAGGCCUUAUAUAAUUCUGUGUAGUUCUGUGUAGAUUUUUUUUUUUAAUAAACAUUGCUUGCUAUUAUUUUUCA